AUGGUUGUGAUAGGUGGAGAUCAAGGUUAGUUGAUUUUUUUUUGGGGGGGGGGGAGGUUAAAAAAUGAAAACUUUUGAAAAGUUGUAAUCGAUUCGGGAAAUUAACCAAUGAGUUUCUCAGUGAAUAGUAUCACGAAUUUUAGUUCUAGUAUAUUUUUUUUUGAAUUUUGGAAUAUCAUAUUCUGGACCAGAAUAUUGGAAAAUAUUUGCUGUUUCAAAAAUGAUAUAAUUUUUUACAAAUUUUGUGGGUUUUUGAUCGAUAAGGUAGAGAUUCGUAUCCCGAAAUUUUUUUGAAUUUGGAAUUUGUUUUUGAUUCCAAAAAUAUUGAAGAAAAAUACACUGUUUCAAGUCAUUUUUUAAUGUUUAAUUUUGUAUUCUUUUGAUUUGAAUCCCGUAAUUCUUAAAUCUUCUCGAAAUUCCUACAAAGGCAACAGUUUUUGCCUAAGAAUACAGUAAUCUUCCAUCAUUUUCCACCUGAAAAUCCCCAUUUUCCACCUAAAAAACUUCAUUUUCCACCCAGUUUUUUGUCUUUAAUUUGUCUCCACCACUUCUUCUUCUUCGUUUUUCUUCAUUUUUUUCUUCUGCGCCGCCCAAAUAAACCCAUCAGAGCCUGAAAAAAUGGAAAAGGAAAACAUUUUUCUUCUCUUUUUUUCCAAAAAAAACGAUUAGGACCUUUUUUUGUUGAGCAAAGGAAAACUUGUGGAAAAGGAGGAUUAGAUGAACCUAAUUUGGAGGCACGGCAAAAAAAUGAGAAAAAAGUUGGGGGCUCUAUUUUUGGGUGGAUUUUUUCGAAAUUUGAAAUUUUUUCUCAUUUUUUCCCUUCAAAUUUUGACCUCAAAAACCUAAAAGACUCAAAAAUCCUCAUUUUUCACUUUUUUUUCAUCUUCAAAAAUUUUUUUCGAAAGAAAAAAAUGAAAAAUGUCAAAAGAUUAUUUUGUUUCUUCAUUUUUUGCUUGUCAAAUGUUUGCUUUUUCAUUUUUUUUUGCGAAAAAUAUAUCGUGGGUUUUUUUUUUCGCGAAUCUGAAUCGAAUUCGAGAAAAACACAUGAAAAAUUUAUAGGAGAUAAAGAAAAAUAAAAACUGAAUUGGAAAAAUAAGGAGAGUAAAAAACAACAUCUAGUUGGAAUUUUUUUGAAUUUCAAUUUAAUUCUUCCCUCCUGAAAAUCCCUGAUUUUUGUUCAUGUUUCCCCCAAAAAAAUCCGAUUUAUUUUCGUUUUGCUGAAAAAAAAGUCCACAGGAAAUUCUCGAAUAAAAAUGCAAAUAAGAAGAAGCUGAAGAAGUUUUUCGUCUUUUUUUUCAAUCGAAAAAAUCUUUAGUUUCCUGGAAAUUUGAUGCCAUUUUCCCCCUUCUUUUCUGCUCAUUUUUCUUGAUAUAAUCUAGAUACUACGUCAAUUUUUUCUCAAAUUUCAUUCCAAAAAAAUGUUUCGAACUUCCAAAAAUUGCAAAAGUCUUAAGUUAUUACGUCAAUUUCGAACAUUGUCUACGCAAUUCAUCAACUUUUUUCUGAUAAAAAUUUUUCUGAUAAUUUUUUUGCCUAUUUUUAACACUAAACAGAUCCCUGAACCAAAAAUUUCUGUUUUUUUGCCGAAAAAAUUUGAGCAGAUUAAUUUUUUCUCUAUUUUUCCAGAUGAGGAAAAACAACAAAUCUUUUUUUUCUGCUUUUUCCGUGUUUUUUUGGAUCUGAUUCUGGAAAUUGCUUUUUAUGGUUGCAGAUUAGAUUUUCUAGAGAAUUUUUUGGUGAAAAAUUUAUAAUGUAUUAGAAGUUCCUACAAGUCAUAGAAAAAAACGUUCCUUUUUUUCGCAAUUCUUUGAUCUUGAAAUCUACAAAAAAACAAUUUUUUUUCAUUUUUCAUUUUCGAUCUGAUAUAUAUUUUUUCUCGCUUCUUUUUUUUAUUUUUUCAUUCAGCAAUCUUCAAGUUCCAUCUAUCUAUUUUCUCACAUUUUUUCGUCGUUCAAGGAAAAAAAAGAAAAAAAUCGACGUCAGAAAAAAAAGAAGAAGGAGAAAAUGCGAUUUUGCGCAUAUUUUAACUUUUUUCCCUUUCUCCUAUUUUUUUGUGAUGCUCCUUGAGAGCUUUUUUGCUGCUCUCAAGAGCAAAAAUGGAGCACAGGAGAGAUGAAUUGAUGAACAUUUUUUAACUGAAAGUUUCAGAAUUUUUGGAUAAAAAUUCACUGUUUCAUGAUAUUUUUGUAUUGAAAUUCUGAUGUUUCCAGCAAUUUCGAUAACACUGUUAUGGGGCUAUUCAUGUAUUUUCUCAGCAUGUUGAGAAAACAGGAGAAAUGCGGAGGAAAUACAUUUUCUCCGCUUUUUUCGUAUUUUCUCAGCCUACCUGAAUAGGUUUUCUCCGCUUUUCUCCCGUUUUCUCAGCGUUGAAAAAUAACAUGAAUAGCCCCAUUAACAAUAAUAAUUUGAAAACUUCUAGAAAAAUUCGAAUUCGUUUCAAACUUCUGAAAAAUUUCAGAUUCAAAAUUUACAGACUCUGAAGCUUCAAAAUAUUGCAAACAUUCUAUGUUUUCCCAAUUUUUGGUUGAAAAAAUUCACUGUUUCAUAGCUUAUUGUAAUGAUUUUUUGAUUUUGUUUUGUAAUUAAUUUCUGAAUCUAGGAUUUCAUGAUUUUUGACUAAAAUUAUCUGAAAAUCUGAUUUUUCUUGUUUUUUUUAUUUAUCUUUUCGUUUUUCUCUCAAAAAAUCUCCGAUCUCUCCAGCUUCACCUUCAUCCAAAACUCCCCAAAAAAUCAUGACUCAUGAUGAAGAUGAUGAACGUGAAGUAACAGUUUGUGGUGAAAUAAUUCACGAAAUCGAUGAGAAUGGAAAAAUUGGAAAAGUUACCCGGAAAGAAGUGACUGAAAUUGUAACUACCAUAAAUUCUGUUGAAAAUGCGCUGAAAAUUGAAAUUGAAGAGGAAAAAUCGGCGGCUGAUAGUAGUAGUUUAAGCGAGCAGCAGAGGAAUUGUGAGUUUUUUUGACGUCAAAACUGUAUAUUUUCUUUUGACAACCCAGAAAUCGAUACAUUCUUCUCACCUUCUUUCUUUCUUUUGUGAAAAAAAGUUAAUACGAUUUUUGUUCUGACGUCAUUCAAAAUGGUCGCAUUUUUGUUUGUCUUUGACCUUUCGAAACCUUUUUUUUGAAAUUCAUUUGGUUUUUGAAAAAGGAAAAAAUAUGGUUUUUACUUUACUCGAGUAUACUCGAGUUUGAGAAAAACCUAGAGGAGGGACUAGGAUUUAGCCGUGGGAAAAACUAGUCCCUCAAUUUUUUUUCGUGCUUUUUUUUAUCAAAAAAAGUUGACCAAAAUCAUUCAAUUUAGGCUAAAACAUGAAUUUUUCAUGUUUCAAAUAGUUUUUAAAAGAGAAAAUCCGAUUAUUCCUAUAGUUUUUUUGUCAAAAAAAAUCAUUUUUCACGAAAAAAACCGAUCAAAUUUCAAUUUUUCACAAAAACUAACGGAAAAAGUCAGAAAUUUAUCUGUUGGACUAGGAUUUAGACGUGGGAAAUCUAGUCCCUCCUCCCCACCUUCUAAUCUUUGAUUUUUGCAGCCCUGGAUUCACCAUCUGGUAGUACAUCCCGUGCCGGUUCAUCGGUUUCAGCCAGUCCAAUGCAUCGAAACACAACAUCACAACACGGCGGACUAUUCGUAUCGGCGCCCGGAAAAAUUAUACUUUUUGGUGAACAUGCUGUCGUUUAUGGAAGAGUUAGUUUAAUUUGGGGGAGGGUUGAGGGGGGAAACGACCUAAAAUUUGAAUUUUUGCUAAAAAAAAUAGUGAACAAAUAAGUAUUUAUGGGUGUCUAAAAUCCCGCGAAUUUCAUUAAAAAAUUACAAAGUCAAAAAAGAUGAAAAAGAGAUAAGAUGUUCAAGAAAUUUCCAGAAUUACCCUGAUUUAUUCGAUCCGCCAAAGCAACCUAAAUUGAAAAUCAAGAAAAUUGUGGAAUGUUUCUUCAAUUUUUGAAACACUCAGAGAAAGUCUGGCUUGAACGGCGCGGUCCGCGGACGAUUUUUUCCCAAUUUUUGAGUGAAAAUCAUUACGCGGAUUCAGCGAAAAAAAUUUCGCGGACAGCGAAACUUCAGCCAAAGAGAGUCUCAUUUCGCGCAUUCCGCGAAAUUUUUUGACUCGGAAAUUUGAUUUUUGAGUUUUUCGCGGAUCCGCGGAUGGACUCGAGAGGGAGGGUAUAAAAAGUAUAAAUUGUAUCGCGUACGCGACAACGAGGAUAGCGCAGCGAGGAAGAUGGAUGUCUACAAAACGACAGGAUUGGGAUCGAGGACGGGUUGGAACUACAAGUCAAUACUAACUUCUGAUAAUUAUCAGGGGUAGUGAAGCAUUUUUAUAUUUCGAGAGUGCAUUGCGCGGACGUUUCGCUAACAGCGGAGUAUACUUUCGCGGACGUUUCGCUAAAGUUCUUGUGUCAGCCGCGGAUUGGCAGAUUUCUGGGUUUCGCGAACCGCGCCGUUCAAGCCAGACCUUCUCUGAGCAGUGAAUUUUUUUCUUGGAAAAAUUUACUGUUUCAAAAAUUAUCCAUUAUUUUGGGAUUAAAUUUAUCCCAUUUUUUCUUCAGACAGCCAUCGCUGGCUCAAUCGACCUCCGAACCUAUGUUUCAUUAUACACAUCAGCCGAUGGUCGAAUCUACCUAAGUCUACCUGAUCUUGGUGUCGAAAAAACGUGGAUGUUGAAAGAUUUGCUAAAAGCCGCCGAUCGUUUAGCCGCCGAAUAUCCGAUUGAAGAAGAUCAACCGCCAAGUUUGGAAGUGCUCGUACCGAUCGCUCGAAAAUUGUCGGGAUCUUGUGAGGAUCAAUGCGGCGUACAACAUUUGGCCAUUUUGGCGUUUUGGUAUUUGCUCCUGGGUGUUGCGCAUCGCAAAAGGUGAGGGAUUUUUUUGAGAGGAGUGGGAAAAUUGAGAGAAGGGGAAUCUUUUCUGACACUAAAUAUGUCUAGGGAGCUGGAAUUUUAGGGAAAUUGAAAAUUAACUUUUCAAUCUAGAAUUCAAAUUUCCUCACCAGAAAAAUUCACUGUUUCAAAAAUUUCAUAUAUUUUUUUCUGGAUUUUUCAGAGUUGAUAACACAAAAGUUUGAAAACAAGCUUGAUUUUCAGAGUGUAAAAUUUCAGCCUUAGAUUCUCCAGACCUAAUUUUUGAACACAAAACCUGAAAUUAAGGGCUCAAAACUAAUAGCUAAAAUUUGAGCACCUGAUUUUUAGGUAAGAAAAAAUUCCCCCUCUUCUCACUUCCCAAACAAAAUGUGUGCAUUUUCUCAACACUAACCCCAUUUUUAUUGAUUUUUUUGAUGUUGUGCAGCUUUCAAUGUUGUUUUUUUUUCAAUUAAAAAACAUUUUCAAAACACCAAAGCAGCCAACAUUUUGUAGUUUUUGCGUUUUUCUUGCAGUGGUCUUGCACGUCUUGCUCGCGGACUUCCCGCUCCCGCUCUCCCCGAAGGUCUCCAUCGAACAAAUCUGAAUGUGAUGGCACAAUCGGCACCGCAUUCCGAAGGUCAAGCCGAACGAUCGGAAGCUGAAAUCGCAUUAUCGUUGCCGGUUCCACCGUUGACACCAUUGCCAUCGCCAACACCGAGUUCGACUAAUCAAACGCCGCCCACUUUUUUGUCGCCGAAAGAACAUCCCGGCAUUCAACAGUGUGUUUUUUGACUUUUUUUUCUGAUUUUUUGUGAUUUUUGUGAGGUGCAUGGUGAAAAUAUGCAUGAAAUUCGCACAAAAUUCGUUUUUGGCCGGAGUUUUUGAAGAUUCUAGAGGUUGUGAGGAUUCAGAAGCUCCUGAAGAAUCUGGAGAGGAUUCUGAAGCUUCUAAAGACUAUUUUGAAAAUCCUGAAGAUGAUUCAGAAGCUUCUUUAGAUUGUUCUGACGAUUUUGAAGGUAUCUGCACCUUUAAAACCGAUUUGUUUUUGAAAUUUGAAUUUUUGGCUCCCAGAACCUGAAUUUAAAAGCUCCGGACUAAUUUAUUGCUAAAGUUUGGGCCCUGGAGCUUAUUUUGGAGCAUUUUUCGAGUAUGUCAGAUGGAUUUUUGGCCCAAAAAAUUGAACUUAGUCCAACUCCUCACUUCUUCAAAAACUCCCAAGCCAUCAAAUUUUUUUCGAAAAUUUCCAAUUUUUCCCCAUUUUUCAUGAUUUUCUCAAUUUUCUAGAGAUCUUCUCGCUGUCAAAGCCACAGUUCGAUUCAAAUUGCCGAGUUGUGUUGGAUUGGGAUCAUCUGGAGCAUAUUGUGUUUGUAUUGCCACGGCGCUGCUCCAAACUGCCGGACUCAUUCCGCCACCAACGAUUGUGGUAGGUUUUUUGGGGGAAUUUUCCGGAUGCGGGGAUUGAUAAAUAUUUUUUUGUAUGUUUCACAAUGAGACAUCACUGAAAAAUGACCACAAUAUGGUUAUUUUAUUUUUGAAACAGUGAAAUUUUUAAAAACAUUUUUUAGCCCUGGUAGCUUGAAAAAAUGCUCUGGACCUCAAAUUUUGCCUAGAAAUUAGCCUAGAACCUAUAAAUUCCGAUUCUAGGCUCAAAAAGGCCUAAAAUUCAAAAUUUGAUCUAUUUUUCUUGUGUUGAAAAACACGAAAAUUUUUAAUUUCAUAAAAAAUUGUUAAGAGAAUUUUUAAAUAGUGAAUAUUCAUGUAAAAUUUUGAUUCUAACAUAAGAAAUUCAAAAUCAAAACAUUCAAAAAUAAUUCAAAGAAAUGUAAUUUUUGAAACAGUGAAAUUUUGUGAUUUUUUCUACCAUCUCACAAUCAACCACUUCCAGGAUUAACCAGAAAAUUCAAAAAUUUUAUUUCAAGAAAAUUUGAAACAGUUAAAUUUCUGAAAAAAAAUAAAAUUUCAAUUUAAUGACCAUUUUUAUCGAAAAAACUCUUGGAGCUGAAUCUAUAAUGAGCCCUUCCGCUCAAAAAUCAAGUCUGCAGCACAAAUUCUGGCUCAAAUAGAGCUCCUAGGCCUCAAAAUCUUGAAAAAAUGUUCUACAAGCUCAAAAGUAUGUCUCGAGCUCUAAAUUCAUUCAAAAAUGAUCCUGAGCUCAAAUUUAGCAUUUCGAAAUCAAAGAAAAAUCAGUGCAAAAUUGUUCGAAGAAAUUUUGAAACACAAACGCUAGAUUAAUCAGAAAUUUUCAAAAUACUAUUUGAAAAAACUGUGAAACAGUGAAAUUUUGAAAAAUAUUUUUGAGCAUUUUUCAAAGCUCAGAAAUAAUUUUAAAAUUGAAAUUUCGUGAUUAUUUUUCAAAAUCAAGGCUUGAAAAAGACAUUAUUCAGAGAAUUUCCAAUUUUUAUCUGGAAAUUUUUUGAAACAGUGAAUUUUUGCAGGCCGAUGAUACUGGUGACCUAACAUGGGAAGAUGAACAUUUGGAUAUGAUUAGAAAAUGGGCAACCGCAGCCGAAAGCCUCAUUCAUGGACGAGCUUCUGGGCUUGACGCGGCUGUUUGUACUUAUGGUAAGUCUUGAAUUUUAUGAUAGGGGUUUUGGUACCCGGGAAGUAGAAAAGAAGCUCUUGACUCGUUGUGUUCUUUGUGUUUUCUUGUAGUUUUUUAUUGAUUUUUUAGUUCUAUGUUCUAUGGCACCGACUUCUAGAUGCUUUUUUUGUUACCAGAAAAUUUACUGUUUCAAAAAUUAUAUAUUUCUAAAGUUUCUCAAAUUAGAAUCUUCUUUAAAAAAUAUACUGUUUCAUAAAAUUGAUAUUAUGAAAAAUUUGUUUUGGAAAAUAUUUAAUUCGAUGCAUCUAUUUUUUGAUGAAAAUUUGAAAUUCCCUAAUUAUUCUGUAUAAAUUUGUUAACAGAUACAUUUUCAACAGAAAAGUUACUGUUUCAAAAAUUUUGUUAUUUUUUGAAUAUUAGAAGAUUUUCAAACAAAAUUUACUGUUUCAGGAAUUUUUGAUAAAAAUUUUGGUUUUUUUGAAAAUUUGAUCUAGACAUUCGAAUGCAUAAAGAAAUUCUGAAUAAAAAUGUACUGUUUCAAAAAUUAUUCAUGAUUUUUAAUGGUAUUUUUUAGUUCCAAAACAUUUUAUAUUACUUAAAAAUCUACUGUUUCAAAAAUCAAAUAUUAAAAAUCUGGUUUUCUGAAAAUUUAGUUACAAGACAUUCAACGAUACAAAACCCCCAAAAUUUUGGCCUAAAGAAAGCUCCUAGAUCCCAGAAUGCUCUAGAGCUUAUUUUCAAGGUUUGGAGCAUUUUGACUAACUUUUGAGCCCCGAACCUGAAUUCAAGAGCGCUGGACUAAUUUCUAGCUAAAACUUGGGCUCUAGGCUCAAUGUUUGAGCCCCGGAGCUCAUUUUGGAGCAUUUUUUCUGAAUUUCAGGUGAAAUUUGUGAUUUUUUCCAUUUUUCUCUAUUCCCGGGUACCCGUGUUGUCUUGUCUUCCCCCAAAAUUUCCCUCUACCCGUUUUUUUCCAUCCAGGUUCCCCAUACCAAGAUUUUGGCUAUCAAAGUUUCACACAUCUCGGUCACGUGGGAACUUUUGGUAAAUUUGCUCGAAAACCACUUUUUCUCAUUUUUUUUUCUCACCAAAAAACAAACUUUUUCUGUCCUUUUUUGGAAUGAUUUUUUCUUCUAUUUUUUUCCGGAUUUCCAUUUUUUAAACGAGUUGAGAGCUUUUUUGUGGUGUCAUUUUAUUCAUAACACUUGUUAGCCGAAAUAUCCCAUGUCCCUUUAAAAAUUUCGCAAUUUUAGGCGGAGUUGCCAGCUUCAAACCGGGUCAUCGAAUUGAGCAUUUGAAGAAUUUGCCGGAUUUGCGAGUGAUUUUGGUGAACUCAAAAGUUGAGAGAAAUACGGCGAGAAUGGUACAAACUGUUAAGGAACGGUUAAAGAAGGUUAGCGAUUUUUUAGGGAGGAAAUUUGAGCCCUGGAGCUUAUUUUGAUGCGUUUUUGAGCAUUUUCCGAGGGUUUCCAGUGAGUUUUGGGCUUCAGAACAUUUUUAGAGCCUAGAACUUGAAUUUAAAAGCUCGGGGCUAAUUUUCAGCCGAAUUUUGAGUUUUGAACACAAUUUUUGAAGAUUUCAAGCAUUUUUUUAAUUUCAAAAAAUCCUAAACAAUUAUGGUAUCGAAAAAAAUCCCCGAAAAAAUAAGUUUCAAAAUUUUAUUUUAGAAAAAUUUCAAGAUCACGAAUUAUUAACUCAAGACAUUAUAACUAGAAGCAAAACAUCUAAAUUUCUAAUAUGAGCAAUGUGCUCUGGAGCUCAAAAAUUAGGUCUGGAGCACAAAUUCUAGAUAUGAUUUAAUCCUGGGCUCAAAAUCCAGAAAAAAUGCUCCAAAAUGAGCACAGCGCUCAAAUUUUGGCUAUUUUCGAAGUCCACAAAUCCUUGAAUUAGCCUAACUCUCCCCAUAUUUUUUGCAGUUCCCACAAGUCGUCGAUUCAAUGUUUGGCUCAAUCGACGCGAUUUCACUAGAAGCUGCAAAAGUUUUGCAUCGACCACUUUUGGAAGAAAACGGAGGCGGUGAUUUGCAAGAAAAUGGACUAGUUAGCGGAAGUCAUAUGUUGGAACAGGAUCAUCAUUCACUUCAGGUAACUUUUGGGAUUUUCUGGGAGCAUUUUUUUAGUUGGAUAUUCUCUUGGUGGAUUUCGUUUGUGCUAGAUUUUGUGAGGUUUUUUCAGUUUCCAAGAAAUUUAAGUUAUCUGGAUCUUAUCCAGAAAAAAUGCUCCAAACUUUUAAAAUGAGCUCUAGAGCUCAAAAAUUAGCCAAACUUAAGUUUUUAGCUCGGCUUGGAUUAAUUUAAUUUAAUUUUUAGAGUUCGACAAUUUAGUUAUCCUAAGUUUCCUCACCAAAAUGCCCAAUAAUUUUCAUUAGUUAGUCUAACUUCCCUUGGUUCAUUCUUCAAUUUUCUAGCCAACCCGAACUGCAUCUGUCCGCUCAUCUUCACUUUCUUCAUACGUCGGUGGUGGAAAACGAAAUUCGUCGGCUUCUGUGAUUUCGCAAGCGACAAGUGAAAAAGGAGAACUUGUCGACACUUUUAGCAAGCUUAAUGUGAGUUUUUUGGUUGCAGAAGUUGUGAAAAUUGUGAGAUUAGGCUUAGGUGUGAAAUUGUUUUUUUUUAAUUUUGGAAAAAAAAUCACUGUUUCAAAUAUUUUUGAUGAAAAAUUCUUUGAUUGAAAUUUUUUGAUGAAAAUCAGAAAUAUUCCUGAAAAAUUUGGUUUUCCACUGGAAAUUUCCAGAAAAUCUCUAGAAAUUUGUAUUGUUCAUAAAAAAUCUGAAAUUUUAAGCCUGAAAACAUAGAUUUUGGUGUAAAAAUUGAUUUUCGAAAUUUCAAAAAAUUCACUGUUUCAAAUAUUUUUGAAAAUUAAAUUUGAAAUUUUAGAUAUUGCUUCUUUGAAAUGAAUAGGCGUAAAAUGUUAUGAAAAACUGAAUUUUUCCUAGAAACAUUAUAUUUUUCAUGAAAAAUCUGAUUCGAGAAUUUCCACUAGAAUUCAAAUUUUUGGUGAAAAUUCCAAAAUAUUCGUGAAAACUUGGUUUUCCACUGAAAAUUUCCAGAAAAUCUCUAGAAAUUUGAAUUUUUCAUGAAAAAUCUGAAAUUUUAAGUCUGAAAACAUCGAUUUUGGUGUAAAAAUUUAUUUUCGAAAUUUCAAAAAAUUCACUGUUUCAAAAGUUGUGUAUAGGAAUUUUCGUAUUUGUGUUAUUGUUACAGAAAUUUGGUUUCUUCAAGAAUUACAAUUUUUUCAUGAAAAAACCGGAAUUCCACUGUUUCAAAAUAAUUUUGAAUAUCCACGACGGCAAACUAUUUUUCUGUGUAAAAAUAAAUUUGAAUAAAAUUUACUGUUUCAAAAAAAUUGUAUCAGACAAUUUCCAAUUUUGCAGGAUUUAUGCCGAAUAAAUAAUCAAUUAUUGAUCGCUUUGGGCGUCGGACAUCCAAAAGUCGAUCAAAUUUGCACAACCCUUGCUCGAUAUGGAAUUCAUCCGAAAAUGACGGGAGCCGGAGGCGGUGGAUCUGUUUUUGCGUUUUUGAAACCAGGUAUGUUGUAUCCAGGAUAUUGUAGGUUUCAAAAUUUUGAUAUGAAAAUUUUAAAGUUUCAAAUCAGAAGGUCCUUCAAAAAUCCAAAUUUUCAAAAACUUCCACGUCAUAGCACACAUUUUCCCAUUUCCAGACACUCCUCAAACCCUACUCGACAUGAUCGACGGCGAGUUACGAAAACUGGGUUUCGACGUCUGGCAGCCGCCAUUGGGUGGACCCGGUGUUGUCGAACAUCAAACAAAACCCCAACUAUUCUCAACACCCGUCAAUAAUGUGGCACCAAAAUAA